AUGAAUAUUUUUUGUAACUGCACAUCUACUUUUUGUAGAACUGCAAGGCUGCCACAUGCAGGUGGAAGGAGAGCUAUAUUCACUCAGGAGCAAGAGACCGUUACAGUGGGCAUGGUCCUUCAAGAUAAUUUAAUACGACUCAGAGAAAUCCAGGAACGAGUGAUACAAGACAACACACACUUCCAGGGAAUCGACAGUGUGAGCAUUUCCACAAUUGACCGUGUCCUCCAUCGUAACAGGAUACGAAUGAAACAAGUAUACAGAGUACCUUUUGAGCGCAACUCACCAAGGGUGAAAGAACUGCGAGCUCAGUAUGUGCAAACAAUAUUUGACUUGGAAUCCUUGGACAGACCCCAUGAGUUAAUCUUUGUCGAUGAAGCAGGCUUCAAUCUAACAAAGAGGAGAAGGAGAGGCCGAAACGUGAUUGGACAGCGGGCCAUUGUUGAAGUCCCUGGUCAACGAGGUGGCAAUGUCACAAUCUGUGCUGCUAUCAGCAACCAUGGUGUUCUACAUCACCAUGUUACACUCGGGCCAUAUAACACCCAGCAUCUUCUAAGAUUUCUGGCCAAUCUAAGAGAUAUUUUAUUUGAGCAGCAGGGUCAAGAGCUAAAUGAGAAUCCCAUUCCCACCAAUGUGAUAGUGCUGGACAACGUCAGUUUCCACCGAGCUGCUCAGGUAAGGGAAUGGUUUAACAUCAAUGGUCAGUUUAUGACCUUGUACCUCUCUCCAUACUCGCCUUUCCUGAAUGCGAUUGAGGAGUUUUUCUCCUCAUGGAGAUGGAAAGUGUAUGAUAGACAACCCUACACCAGAGUAAAUCUGCUGCAAGCCAUGGAAUUAGCCUGUGGUGAUAUAGGUGAGGAAUCAUGUCAGGGCUGGAUACGGCACACAAGAGGCUUCUUCCCCCGUUGCCUCAGGAGAGAAAAUAUUGCUUGUGAUGUCGACGAAGUGCUCUGGCCUGACCCAGCCCAAAGACAAGAAGAAGCACAUUGAUGACAUGUUGACUCCUUUGAUUUUUGUCCCUUUUACUGUAGUAUUAUAUACU